CAUGUUACAGUGAAAUGUUUGCAUUUUGUUAAAUAAAGUAACAGAUCACUGAUCAGGGCUGUCUGCGAUUAACUGGACAGCCAGAAGCAAGUGGGACAAGUUCUCCAUUAUUAAGAUGGGGGCCCUCCUGCACUUGUGUGUUGCUCUGGCUGUGCUUUUGUGCACUGUGCAAUGCGACCGGCACACAGGUCGCACACCCCAUCCCCGGCCCCAUUCCGACGGUCACGGUCAUGGUCAUGCUCAUGCUCACGGUCAUAGGCACUCCCAUUCUCAUGGGAAAGAGCAUCAUCACCAUGAUCACCAAACCAAUGGAAGCCUGAAGAUAUACCAGGAGAACCUGGACUUUGCUUUCCGUCUGUACAAGCACAUCUCCGCCCAGCCCGAUUCUCAGUCCAAGAACGUCUUCUUCUCCCCGCUGAGCGUGUCCGUGGCCCUGGCUGCUCUGUCCGUGGGGGCCAGAGGGAAGACGCACCAGCAGCUCUUUGAAGGUCUGGGCUUCAACAGCACAGAAAUCACCACAGAGGAAGUGAACCAGGCCUUCCAACACAUCCAUCACAACCUCAACGAGAAAACAGACGUAGACCUGUCACUCGGGAACGCACUCUUCAUUGGACAAGACUUCAAGCCACGUCCUGAGUUCCUGGAGAGCAUGAAACGCUAUUACGAGUCAGAUGGUUUCAGCACCGACUUCAGCAAGCCUGAAGAGGCCAAGGAACAGAUCAAUAAGUAUGUUAAUGAAAAGACCAAGGGUAAAAUAUCAGAUCUGGUUCAGAAGGUGGAUCCGCUGACAGUCAUGUAUCUCAUCAACUACAUAUACUUCAAAGGUAAAUGGGAGAUUCCAUUUGAUCCCAAAGCAACCAAGGAACACGACUUUCAUGUUGAUGAUAAAACAACUGUUUCUGUUCCGAUGAUGUAUGAAGAGGACUAUUUUCAUGUUUAUCAUGAUGAAGACAUCUCCACUCACGUUCUCCAGCUGCAUUAUAAUGAGUCUGUCUCAAUGAUGCUGGUCCUUCCAGAGAAAGGAUUGCAGGGUCUGGAGGAAGUGGUCUGCAAAAACCAUUUGCAGAAAUGGAUCAGAUCAGUGGGGAAGAAGAAGUACCAAGUGUAUGUUCCAAAACUGUCCCUUAAGACCUCAUAUCAACUCAAAGAAAUCCUUUCUGAAAUGGGAAUCACUGACAUAUUUGGGGAUACUGCAGACCUCACUGGAAUAUCAGAGGGAGGGAAAUUGGCUGUAUCUAAGGUUAUGCACAAGGCUACCUUGGACGUGGACGAGGCUGGAGCAACAGCAGCCGCAGCCACAGGAAUCGAAAUCAUGAUGACUUUAGCACUAUUCCCCGCACCCACCCCCGUCUUGAAAUUUGACCGUCCUUUCAUGGUUUUUUUGCUCAAUCGUGAAACCAGAAGUAUCAUGUUCAUGGGAAAAAUUGUGAACCCAGCAAAAUAAUAAAAUUGCUGUAUAUGUAUGUGUA